GCCUCCUUCUGUGACGAUGGAGCUCUUGAGGUAAGUAGUCCUUUAGCGUCAGAUGACUUCAAGCUUGCUGGAGGGUCUGGAGUGGCGACGCCCUUUCCGAAGCCUCGGGGGCGCAAAAAUUUCAAAAUGAACCAGGCCCGGACUCAGAGAUAAGAGAACGCCAUUUUGUCCGUGGCCGAUCUGGCUCUGGACUACAAUUCCCAGAGCCCACAGCGGCCUGACGUUACGUCGUUCUUGACGUCGUGGCGAGCUAGUUAGCUCCGCAAGGACCCGGACGCGACCAGGGGAGGCAGAAGGACUCCGCACUUGUCCAAGAGAAGAAUCCAGAGAAAUCAGAGCAGGUCAAAUAGUUCUAAAAGCCAUGGCCCAGGGACUGGUGACAUUUAGGGACGUGGCCAUAGAGUUCUCUCUGGAAGAAUGGAAGUGCCUGGAACCUGCUCAGAGGGACUUGUACAGGGAGGUGACUCUGGAGAACUUUAGUCACUUGGCCUCACUAGGACUCUCCAUUUCUAAGCCUGAUGUCAUCUGCUUAUUGGAGCAAGGGAAAGAGCCCUGGAUGAUUGCAAAUGAUGUGACAAGACCAUGGUGCCCAGACUUGGAGUCCAGGUGUGAGAAAUUUCUACAAAAAGAUAUUUUUGAAAUCGGGACAUUCAACUGGGAGAUAAUGAAAAGCCUUAAAUGCGGUGACCUGGAGGGCUCCGAUUUUAGAGCUGACUGGGAACGCGAAGGCCAGUUUGAGAGACAAGUCAAUGAAGAGUGCUAUUUUAAGCAAGUGAGCGUCACCUAUGGACAUAUGCCCACGUUCCAGCAUCACACGUCUCACACUGUGCGUCACAGCAGGGAGACUGGUGAGAAACUGAUGGAAUGUCAUGAAUGUGGGAAAGCAUUUAGCCGUGGCUCACACCUUAUUCAACAUCAGAAAACUCACACUGGUGAAAAACCCUUCGGAUGUAAGGAAUGUGGGAAGGCCUUCAGCCGUGCCUCACACCUUGUUCAGCAUCAGAGAAUUCACACAGGUGAGAAACCUUAUGACUGUAAGGACUGUGGGAAGGCCUUUGGUCGUAUGUCAGAACUUAUUCUACAUCAGAGACUUCAUACUGGUGUCAAACCUUAUGAAUGUAAAGAAUGUGGGAAGACCUUUAGGCAGCAUUCACAGCUGAUUCUGCAUCAAAGAACUCACACAGGCGAGAAACCCUACGUAUGUAAAGACUGUGGCAAGGCUUUCAUUCGUGGCUCCCAACUCACUGUGCAUCGGAGAAUCCACACGGGUGCCAGACCCUAUGAGUGUAAAGAAUGCGGGAAAGCCUUUAGACAGCACUCACAGCUGACUGUACACCAGCGAAUCCACACUGGUGAGAAGCCCUACGAGUGUAAGGAAUGUGGAAAGGGCUUUAUUCACAGCUCAGAAGUUACUCGACAUCAAAGAAUUCAUUCUGGGGAGAAACCCUAUGAGUGUAAGGAAUGCGGGAAGGCUUUUAGACAGCACGCACAGCUCACACGACAUCUGAGAGUCCAUACUGGCGACAGACCCUAUGAAUGUAAGGACUGCGGGAAGGCAUUUAGUCGUAGCUCAUACCUCAUUCAACAUCAAAGAAUUCAUACAGGUGACAAACCCUACGAAUGUAAGGAAUGUGGGAAAGCCUUUAUUCGUGUUUCACAACUGACUCAUCAUCAGCGAAUUCACACUUGUGAGAAACCCUAUGAAUGCAGGGAGUGUGGAAUGGCCUUUAUUCGUAGUUCACAACUUACCGAACAUCAGAGAAUUCAUCCUGGUAUCAAACCUUACGAAUGUAGAGAGUGUGGGCAGGCAUUUAUUCUUGGCUCACAACUCAUUGAACACUACAGAAUUCAUACUGGUUAGAAAGCCUUGAGUGUGAGGGAUAAAGAUAAGCCUUUAUGUGGAGUUCACAUCUGCCUCAGUACUAGGUAAUUUUUAAUGUAAUGUAAUUAAUGUCAGAAAACACCUGUCACUUCCAUCAUAGAACAUCAGAAAACUCACACCCAAAGAAAAUUAAAUAAAUGUGGGAAUUCUUUUUGCCUCA